AAAGAAGUCGUAUCGAUUACCAAUGCGGUCAGAGUGCUCUCUCCUAGUACAGAACAUGGAAGGUUGGAAUUGCAUCUAGUUGGCGGCUUCAGUGAUGAUCGACACUUAUCCCAAAAACUAACCAAUCAACUUCUUCGAGCAUUUGACCGCUUGCAGGACAACGUCCAUUUAGUGACAUUCUGUGUGACAGAGUUGAAUGACCGGCAGGAAAAGGGUAAUCACUAUCCAUACAUCUAUGGAAUUGCAGCAAAUGUUAAGACUGGAGAAAUUUUCCACGCUACUUUUCCAGACAAAGGACCAGAAGAAGAUUUACGAUCAGCUAGUAUCUUAACAGGAGCCUUGAUGGUUAACAUUUAUGACUCCAGAAAGGAGCAACUUUGCAUCGGUCCUUACUUCUGGGUGCCUUUUCCUCAUACGGAUUUCUGGCUAGAACAGAACGAUGAGUACUUAUUGCAGAAUCUUUCCACGUCACCUCAGGCUGAACCACCCCAUUUCGUUCCCCACAUCCGAGCAACACUGUUGUGUUUGAAAGAGCAUCCGUUCCCCGAUAAGACCCUGUUCCCCAGCAGGAAACCUUGGAUCUAUAUAAAGAACAAAGAUGGCCUAUGGGAGAGGGCUUCUUCUGAGCAAACCUAACCUGCAGAGGAGAAGUGAUGGAUUACUAAACAACGAGCUCACAGUCAGAGACUCAGUUGGACUACAGAAAUGUGUUGCAAUAUACAUAUGUGGCCUAAGAGGCAUGAUACAGAAAAUAAUGUAUUAUGCCUAAUUUUCUACUGCGCAAGUAGACCACAAUACGUGGUUUAAUACUCGUUUGCACAGCAGGCUGUCUAGGCGCAGGCAUCACAAUCUGACAAUACCUAGGUGGAUCCAACAAAGAUAUUAUUGCAGUAACAUCAUAGUGACCGGAUUCACCCACCAGCUAUUCUUGCAAUAAUGUAACAAUGGAUUUACCUAGACAGCAUCAUUCUGUUAAGACAGCAAGAAGAAGGGCUGCACCAAUGAAGCCAGGAAACAAAACAGUGGUGCCGUGGAAAUAAAUUGUAUUCACCCCAUGUGCCCCAAUGUGUUUUGCUCAGCGCUUUUUUUGGAGGGGGAGUCUAUAUAAACAUUAAAAUAAACAAAAGACACAAGAUUUAUUUCCCAAUACUAAAAGACAAGUUAAAAGAUUAUACGUGUACAGAAAAAAUAUUUUAUGUAAAUAUAUUUAUGAAAAAUAUGUACGAAGUGCAUUGUGAUGUCUUGCAAAACAAUGUAAACAUAUAAGAGGACAAAAAUAGAGGAGCAAUAAUCCAUUGCAAACAGAAAAGUUAUCAAAACUAACCUGCACCAUUUAAAAACAUUUUUUCUUUACACGUAUAACCUUUUAACAUGUCUUUUAGUAUUGGGAAAUAUUGUUUUUGUGGAAAACACAUUGGG